AUGGAAAACCCUCUCCUCCUCCAAGCACGCGCUGCCAUCGCAGGCGAAGGUCUCAAGGCCAAAAAGGUCUGCCGCUUUACAAAAUGGCUCCUUUCCACACAAAACAAGCUGCGUACCAUCAUCAACAGGUCCAGCACCACCAAUACAACCACCGCCGCCAACAACAAAAGAUCCUGCUCUCCCUCGAGGAUCAGCAACAACAAAAGCAUACAACAACGCCGCAUCCACAACGAAGUCUUCGGCUGGACAAGCGACGCCUGGGACGAGAUGAGCGAGCUCUCUACCCCUGCCUCUUCCACCACAGCCACACCACCUCUCCCACCAACACCCACUACUCCACAAACAGGGUACUUGAGCAGAGAAGAGCUUUUCGUACGUUACGAAGACUACACUCUCCGUCGUCUUGAGAAUGCAUUUAUGCAGAAUACGACACACCGCCGCCCCUCAUGCGGUAGAAAGACACAUGUCAGAAAUGAAGAAUGGGAAUAUUGA